UUUAUGAUGUUCGGUGUUGCAUUGAAAACAUUCCUCUUAACUUCUUUCCUUGUGGUUCCUUGUCUUUCAGAGUGUCAAUGCUCCUACUUAUUCUAAGAUGAAGUUAUGGAAGUGCGCCGCCAUCGCCUUGACUCUCUGUGGAGCAGCACUGUCCCUCUUCCUCACUCGAAUCAUGGUUCCCACGCCACCGCAUCACAUCCCCUCCUGGUACACGUCUUCGUCGCGGACGUCCUCGUCCUCCAACUCCUCUUCCUCCCUGAUCGGCGGCCGUCAUCGCAAAGCGCGGUCGGCGGAAGGCGUUGGCAACAUUUUGACAGAAUUCAUGCACAUGUUCCAGAGCUUCACAGAGGGGGAGCUGAAGCAGAUGAUCGGGACUCUGGUGGAGAAGAAGGCACGGCAGGAGGCCAGGCAGAGCAAAAGGACUAAACGGGCUAAGAAAGCAUCGAAGCCAUGUUCCCUGCGGGAGGUGGAAGUGACUGUCAGUGAGCUGGGUCUGGGCUACCACAGUGAUGAAUCGCUGCUCUUCAGGUACUGCAGCGGGAACUGUAAAGCUAGCCGACGCAACUACGACGUCAUACUGAAGAAAUGGACGAGGAAAGGCAUCUCGAAGAGGGAGAGGAGCCCGUGCUGCCGGCCCAAGGAGUACGAUGAAAUUUCCUUCCUGGACAACAAUAACAGAUACAAGACGCUCCACAACUUUUCUGCUCUGGCCUGUGGCUGUGUAUAACGCCUCUAUAGCCAUUUUGAUUUCCCAGAUACUGUGUCGAACAUGGGAAACGCAACAACUACUGCUACAAAAUCAAAAACAGGAGUACACAAGAAUCGAUCCCUACAGUACAAUGCCAGGGAAUACGGACAUUUAAACUACUACUAUUUAAGACUGUUAAUUCUGUGUUCGUUUUUAAAAGACAUCAGCAAACGUCUGUUUUGCUUUCCUUGCCUUUCAUGGGAUACUUCUCUGUCGGUUGUGAGGAUAAUAUAUUAUAUGACCUAUGUGUCAUCAUGGGGCAAUAACAGUUACUGCAAUGAUUUGCUGCUUGAUUGUGGACUAUGGAGCAAUGGUUCCAUUACCUACAUGUAUACAAAAUAGCAGCUGAGGUUUAACUAGUGCAUGCUCUAUUGCCAGUCUGGUCUGAUACCACACUUGUAAGAGGCCUGGUACAUUUUUUUCAGAAAUGAGUUUGCAGGAGUGUGUUCAUGGAAAAUACUAGAAUAAGCUAGUGAAUGCAAUAUGAAGCUCCCACAGUAGGCUUCUCCACAACGUCUUGAUCUGCACCGUUAAUAAGGCAUGAGAUAUCACUAAGGCAAGUCCAAUGGAGCAGCAACAACAGUACAGUAGACUAGGAAAGACGAUAGGCUUGGAGAAACAUGUAUAGCAGGCUUCGCACAAUAUAUUGUGUGUCAUUCGUUCAUAUCACAGGCAAUGAACUAAAUAAUGAAAUCUCCAGCCUUUAUCAGUAACCAUGAAAAUCUACCUCAUUUAUGUCGAACGAUAAUGGAAAACAACACCCAAUAUAAAAGAACCCUUAAAUGUUCUUCAGCUGCUUCCUCUGUAUUCAUCACUAGAAACAGACUGAAAUAAGAUAUUUUAGUAGUAGUAAAUACACUAAUGACUUGUAUUGGCAUAAGAAGUUGCAGGGUAAAAAAACAACCACAGCCAUAUGCUUGUUGCAUGCAUUCUAAAUGGAGCCUGUAUGAGUGAUUUAAUCUUAAUGACAGCAGCUUGUUAAUCAAAUGGAAUGGCUAUGGCUGUAUAAGCCUUUUCCCGGGAAAAUAGAAAUCCAGCAGAAAAACAACAUGCUAUCAGAAAUCCCUAUCCUUCUACAGCAAGACCACUAUAAACUCAUCAGAUACAACCUAGAUGGUAGAGUAAUGCAGCCUUGUUUGAUCAUCUAGGCAGAGUGGUGCAUUAACUGGCUGACUGCUGCAUCGUAAACAUGACUGCGAGAGGGAUUGUGCUUCAGUCUUACCCUGAAUUAGCCUCCACAAAUCCAUACCAUUUGUGCAAAUCCCAUAAUAGACUACCCUAAUCCACUUACCUCCUUUAUAACUGACUUGGCCAAAAGCACUGAGUACAAAAUAGAGAAAUGCAAGGCACUCUGCAGCGCUAACAGCUAUUUUUAGUCACUACAUGAUUAGAGAACACUGGAGACACUGAAGACAUUUUGAAUUAACCACACAUGUAAUGUUACCAUAACAGGUUUGAUAGCCUAAUACGUGUUUCGUGUUUCGAGUCAUUUUGAAAACAAAAUAGAAAUCAUUCUCUUAGAUUCAUUGUGGCCAAAUAUACUUAGAAUAAAUAACCUUAUUGUCAAACACCUUGAACAGGUUCAAGAGCAAGACAAAAAAACUCCAGUGACAUGAGUUCAGAAACAAUCCUUCAUACUCGAAAACUGUAAACAAAUCAUUUUAGACUGAGAGCUGCAUCGAAAUGGUAACUUCAUCCCAAUUAGAUAUUUCACCUUAGCAUCUAUAGUAUAUAGUAUAGUGAGAGGUACAGUAAGGUUUAAGUUUAAGUCUGAAACCAGUGGGGAUACCUCUUCAUUUAAAACCAAUCAUAUAAUUAGAGCAGAAAGUUAAUUAAAGGCCCAUGCUGGCGUUAAGCUAAGAAAACAGGCCUCUCCAGCCCAGGACCAUUAUACCCUCAAGUCUAAAUGUGCUUAAAAACCAAAGUAUUCCUCCCUUUCUGAAUAAUCAGUGCACAGACACUUGUUGUCCAGAUUAGCUGUAGAUUGCCCCUUGCAUGUAGGGAAAGGAGUAUAUCUCUGGCAUGUUACAAUGGUCCACAUUGUUAAGGACUUCUCAAUCAAAUAAUUAAAGGGAUAGUUUACCCAAAUUACAAAAGGACACACUGGUUUCCUUAACCUGUAAGCAGUGUGUGGACAAGGUACAUAUGGCAGCACAGCAAUCCAUGCUUUGUUUCCUAAUGUUUCCUCAUGCUAAUGGCACAAAUCCCAUUCAAGUCAUGGGACAAAUAUUAGCAUUUUCCGUGCAUCAUGUUCAAAUCAUCUAAGUGACUUUGUUGAGCUUCACAAUCAAUUUUAGAUACUUUCGAAUUAUUUGGACAUAAUGCGCGAAAAUUGCUUAUAUCGGUCCCAUGACUUGAAUGGGAUUUGUGCCACAAAUGCUAAAACAUUAGCAUUUGGAAACAGGGCCA